UUUGGUGUUGCAGUUGCUUAAAAUCUUCGAAAAUUUGCAUGGGAUCAGACGUACCAGAAUCAUGGAGCGUUGUCAGAAAAACGAAGAGAAAUGUAUAAUUGUGCUGCGAGUCGUGGAUGGUGUAAACUUUCGCCAGGAAAAGCCGUAUCGCAAAAUUAAGCUGUCGGCGUCGAUAGGAACGCAAGCGUUUGAAACGGAAACCCUUCGCCCAGUAACCCCCAGCACGCUUAAUGCCAAAUUCGAUGCGCUUUUCGUAUGGGAAUCGGAUAGCUACUCCGUGAAGUGUAUGAAAAUGGAAAAUUUACCGAUCAAGGUGGAAUGCUUUGAGUUACUACCGCAGAACAAGUGGUGCCGAAUCGGUUCAGUCAUCAUACCAUUGCGGAACGUCCCGCGAGUACAGCUUUCCCGUAUCAAGGCAAUGCAACCCCACGGUUACCGGCUUAUUGCUAUCGAAAAUGCACGCUGGAGACGUCAACAGCCGGAGCUCAAAAUGCUGGCCAUGAUUACCGAUCCUAAAUUCUUAAAGACCCCAACAGAAGAAUGUUUGCCAGCACAAGACGAGGACAUCAGUUGCAACGAUAAUCCCGCUACGCAACCGAGCACAACGAUUUAUGCCAACCCAAGCACCGGCCAGUUACCGGAAAACGUAAAGCUGCUUGAAGAUCGUGGCGUACUGCAGAUCGGACGAAACGAAACGAAUACGGAUCUGUUUCUACUCUCGAUCAUCUUUAAAUGUGGGAGCCACCUAGACCAGCUGAACCCCGGAGUCGAUAUGUUCGGUUUGCGGUACUAUCUUUUUGGUGAAGUCUAUAAUGUACAUAUCGAACGUGAACAGCCCAGCUCGGCAGUUUUUUCCGUUAAGGAAACAAUUUCUAUUAACAUUCGGAGCUCUUUAGCGACAUUGAGCGAUUAUUUGCAGAACGCCUUUAAGAUAGCAGUCGACCUAUUGCCGAAAAGAAAUCGUCUCGAGCUGGGUGAUGUGAUUGGAAAAUCGACUAUCGAUUUGGUUGGUUUCCUGCAGGAAACGGAUCUCAGCGAGUUCAAACGAAAGCACGCCAACAACGAGAGCACCUUGCAGAUGGUGAAAAGUUUUCCUAUUUUUCCAGUCGACGGUAGCGACCAGAAUGAUCGGGCUUCGAGUGAGCGACUUAUUGUUCCUUCGUUGAAGUGCAAGUUUUCUUUGCGAUUUUUGGGAAACGACAAUAACCAGGAAAUGGAAGCAGAAAAUCAAAAAGUGGAAGUAAAAGAACACGACGAGACGCACGAACGAGAAUGUAAUCUAGUAGUAUCGCCAGAAAUGUCAUCUACAGCGUCAGAGCCAACUAAGGAUGAACAGCACCAAACAGUGCCUACAAAAACGCAAGCUACUAACUCAGACCCUACGUUAGUAACCGAAGAAAAGUUAUUGUCCCAAAAUUCUGAAAAACCUAUCACCCCUCAAUUGGAAACUCCUGCAGAGACGUUGGAAAAAGUAGAUAUUGCAACGAUUCUUCUUAACGCCAAUCAGGACCUACGUGACAUUCGACGAACGUUUGCGUUUAGUGUGCAAGUUGGAUUGAUUCAAUUUACCACCAGUCCAUCUGCCGGCCUCUGGCAACUAACUCUACAACACCCGAAGGCAGACACGCCGUUUACGAAGAUUACUCUCGAGCUAAUACCCGAUGCGGUUCUCUUGGAUCGAAUAGAUUUUGGUAAAAUUACACUUAAAUUAUUUUUUUCCUCGCUUCCCGAGCGAGUGAUGGAGGUGAUUAGCAGCGAGCCCUCUAAGCUAACCGUUAACGGACCGCACGGAAUACACCUGCUGGCGCGACUUGACAAUUCGAGCCUGCUUGUUGGCAACCGUGAACAGCAGUCGUCCGGUGUGGUGGUAAUGGUAGACGGCUCAACGGGCGAAAAUGUAGCCAUCGCGACGGUUGGAUGCACCUUGGAAGAGGUCGGGCUUAACUACAACAGUCAGCUGGCCGAAAGCGGUACCAUAGUUUGCUGCCACAAGACCGUCGAUUCCGGCCAGUCCAAAAUGCAUCCGUUUGAUGAAAACGUUUCCUAUCAGCUUCUUGAAGAACAGAAGGCAUGGAUGAACGAAGAACGUGAACGGUUUCUCGAAGAGUUGCGGGAGAAAGAACGUAAUCAUCUUCAAACUCUAACUCACGAUUGGAAGGUGCAGCGGGCGGAAGAGGAAAAACGUUUGGCCGAUCGAUUGGCGCAAGCGGACGCGAUGGUGGCAGCACUCGAAGAAGCACACUGUUCGCUCGAAGAUCGCGAGCACCUAGAUACGCAGGCAGAACGACUGAGGCGACAGUUCCGGGACCAGCUGGAGGCUAUCCGAUCGAAGGCCGUUCGGCUUGAGCGUGAAGCGGAAGCACAGAUUGAAGCGACCCGCAAGCAGUGCCAUGAGCUGCAAGAGCAGUUGACCGCACUAGGCGUUGACCACCAGCAUCUGCUCGAUGUCAAUCUGCAACUGCAGCGCGAACUGGAUGCGGAACGGUUGAGCCGGGAAGAGGAGCGAUUGGAGUUGCUUAAAAAAAUCGACGACAUUUCCGCCUCGAAGCUACAUUACAAGGAUCAGUGGGCAAAGAUGAUGCGGAAGGUCCACCAGCUCGAGCAGGAUCUCGCAGUAAACCGGACCCCAUACUAUCAGGCAAACAAGAAAGAACCGCGGAAGACAGCAACGAACCGGCCGGGUGGUGGCGGCUCGCAGUUGUCGAUGAUCAGCGCGAGGCAUCGAGGUGCCGGUGAUAGCAGUUCCUGCAGCUUGUACAAACCGCCGGACAGUUACCUGUAGCGCGAAAUAUCAAUUUCCGCAUCAGCAUAAGACUGAUUAUUUUUCAUCCUAACUACUGUUGUAGGGCGUUGAGGUGCAUUGUUUAAAUUCUAUAAAGACAUGAUAUAAUAAAGAUAUAUUUAUUU